GGGAGUUGUAGUUUUGGAGCUUGGCGUUACCGGGGAAUUUUGCCUGCAGAGGUUGGAGAUUCUGUGAAUGCGUUCCUUCGAGGAAGGGUCCUGAGUGGACAGUGUGAGCUGUGGCUGAAAUCCAGCUCAUUCUUGUCAUCACACCACACUGAGAAGCGGACACCGUGGCUGGUGCUGGUCACGUAAUUCAGCCACAUGGGCUGGAAACAUGGCUGACCAGAGUCUCAUGGCUGUCUUCCCUCCCUGAUUACGUCUUCCCCAGACUCAGCUGUGCCCCAGGAAGACAACAGGAUGACCAAGGUCAAGAAGACCGAGGUUGAAGUUGAGUGUUUGGUGUCACAGGAGAUGGUGACGUUCAAGGACGUGGCUGUGGUCUUCAGCGAGGAGGAGCUGGGGAUGCUGGACACUGCCCAGAGGAAGCUGUACUGCGACGUGAUGCUGGAGACUUUCAGGAAUGUGGUGUCACUGGGGCAUCAGCUCAUAACUCCAGAUGCUUUUCCCCAGCUCAAGAGAGAAGACGUGCUUUGGAUGUUGAUGAUGACUAGCUGCAGCAGUGAGUCUACAGGAGCCAGGAAUCUAAAUGAGAUGGAGUUGCUUCAGGAGGUAGGAUGGAGGUACCUGCCGCACGAGGAGUUUUUCUGCUCACGAAUCUGGCACCAAGUUACAAAGGAGUUAACUCAGGGUCGAGAGCCUGGAGAAACUGGUUCUCCAUUGGGGAAACAGGAUGGUGUCCAGUGUGAAGAAGCCGGCUUCAGUAAACAGUCUGGUCAGAAUUCAUUUCUUCAAGAUCACCCUGGAGAACGCCGUGAAGAAGAGACACGUGUGAAAAUUUCCGGUUGCAGCCACCAUCUUCACGCUCUUCCAGGAGAGAAGCCUUACAAGUGCGAGAACUGUGACACCUUCCAUCUGGUCUCAAGUCUUCAGUUUCACCAGAGAGUGCACAAGAGACACAGAUCACACCAGUCUGACACACUGUUUAGAAAUCUCGGUCAAAGACUACCUCUUCAUUACCACCAGAGCGUCCCCACUGGAGAAAACUCAAACGAAUAUGAGGAGUGUGCACCUCUUGGGAAAAACUCACGUGGUGAGACCCCUCUGUUAGUCCACACAGGAGAGGGCCCCCACAAAUGUGAGGCGGGUGGGGCAGGCUUCAGUCAGAGCACGUAUCUUCAAGUGGAUCAGCGAGUCCGUACUGGAAAGGAAUCAUUUCAGCGUAAGGAAUGUGGGAAGGGCUUCAGCUGGUUUUCACGGCUGCGUGCCCAUCAUCGAAUCCACACCGGAGAGAAACCGUACAGAUGUGAUGCCUGUGGCAAGGGCUUUAGCUACAGCUCACACCUUAACAUCCACUGUAGAAUGCACACAGGAGAAAAGCCCUAUAAGUGUGAGAAGUGUGAGAGAGGCUUCAGUGUAGGCUCGCACCUCCAUGCUCAUCAGAAAAGCCACACUGGAGAGAAGCCGUACAAAUGCGAGGCAUGUGGGAAAGGUUUCUGUCGGACCUCUAAUCUUCUGGACCAUCAGCGAGGCCACACCGGAGAGAAGCCCUAUCAAUGUGGUGCUUGUGGGAAGGGCUUCAGUCGGAGUUCUGACUUUAACGUUCAUAUUAGAGUCCACACGGGCGAAAAACCCUAUAAAUGUGAGGAAUGUGGGAAAGGCUUCAGCCAGGCCUCAAACCUUCUGGCCCACCAGAGAGGCCACACUGGUGAGAAACCCUACAGAUGUAAUACGUGUGGGAAGAGCUUCCGUCGGAGUUCAGAUCUGAACGUUCACUGUAGAAUCCAUACCGGAGAGAAACCCUACAAAUGCGAGACAUGUGGCAAAGCCUUCAGUCAGUUCUCGAGUCUUCAGGUGCAUCAGCGGGUCCAUACGGGAGAGAAACCGUACCAGUGUGCAGAGUGUGGGAAGGGCUUCAGUGUGGGUUCACAGCUCCAAGCCCACCAGAGGUCCCACACCGGAGAAAGACCCUAUCAGUGCGAGGAGUGCGGGAAAGACUUCUGUCGGGCCUCCAAUUUUCUAGCCCAUCGCGGAGUCCAUACAGGAGAAAAACCCUACCAAUGCGACGUGUGUGGCAAACGCUUCCGGCAGAGGUCCUACCUCCAAGCCCACCAGAGGGUUCACACCGGAGAGAAACCGUACAAGUGCGAGGUGUGUGGGAAAGGCUUCAGCUGGAGCUCAUAUCUUCAAGCCCACCAGAGGGUUCACACUGGAGAGAAACCGUACAAGUGCGAGGCGUGUGGGAAAGGUUUCAGCUGGAGCUCCAGCCUUGUGAUUCACCAGCGAGUCCAUGCUGAUGCUGAAUAUGGCAAGGGUCUUUUUUCAGCGGAGGAUUCAUAUGGGAAAUAAACUCUACAAACUUACAUUUUAAUAUGUCAAGAGGAUGCUGAGCUGUCUAAUCCAAACUGUCAAAGAGCACAGAGAAAUCAUCUCAUAAUUGGGAGUGUAUAUUAGCUAGAGUUAUCAUAGAUUCUCAUGGCGUUUGGGAGACCAGAUAUAAGUGGGAACUAAUGUGGACCUUUGAUUGUUUCAUUCAGAAUCUUGACCCUAAUCAGAUACGGAUCAGAUGAGAUGCCCGGAAAAGACAAACCUGACCUGGGAUUAACUAGAAGCACAAACCUGUUCAGUAGGAUUUACACUUCAAUAGAAGGGAGACAUCAUUCACAGUCAAAUUUUCUCUGCCUUUUCAGUGCCUUUCAAUAAAUGUUAAGAAAGCCAGACAAAAUGGCUCACAGUUGUAAUUCUAGCUCUCAGGAGGCUGAGGGGAGAGGUUUUCUAUAGGAUCAACCUGAGUUAUGGCGUGAGACCCCCAUCUCAACAUACCAAAAAUACUAACAAUAAGCCGUGAGAGGAACAAUCGUUUGAAAGGUUUUAUUAAAUUCUUUCCCAGAGUUUCUAUAAAGACAUUCUCAGAAGUGUUCCAGAAGGCUUGCAGAGCAUAUGAAUUAGAUGUCUAUGCUCCUUUCCCCAAAUCUACAAGGAAUAUCGGUCAUACUGAAGCUCCUGUGUGCAGACGCGGCGGCGUGGACAGCGCUUCUGUAUGCUAACAGUGCCAAUAUGCACAAGUCACAUUUCUGCCUUCCUGAGUUUGGACAAGUGGAUUCACAUGUAAUUCUCUCCAGCACCAGUGUCUGAACACUCCUGCUAAGCAGCUUUAUGUCCAUUUCCCGUCAGCCCUACCCUCAGUGACAACAAGUGCGGCUCCCACAUUGUACUUUGUGUGGGUUUGUUCUUGAGCUUCUAGUAGAUUAAAUGUGGACUAUUGAAUCUUAUCUCAAUAGAUGAAAAAAAAAAACCACUGUAGCAGAAGUUUCCAUCUGUUCUUGGGAAUAAACGUUCUUAGUGAGGUAAACUGUGUCCUAGUCAAAUAUGGUGGUGCACAUCUGCAAUCUCAGCACUGGGUAGGUAGGGCCAAAUAUGGUGGUGCACACUGUCAGGUGUGGGAAUAAAUGAGGUACACUUCACAUGAAAGUAUUAGUAGGGAGUUUCAGGAUCAUUCAAAUCCUGAAAUCACCUGUGUUUGUUUUUCCAAACAACUUUUAUAUCAAGGUAAACUGAAGGAGGGCAGGCAGUACAAACUUCCUUAGCAUUGUUUUCUAGGUAGUGGGGGAAUGACUUAGGUUAUAUCCUGUCCAUGGCUAUUUUGUUACAUAGACUGAAAACACCUCUUCCCCAGGUGACCUCCUAAUUUACAAUAGAAGAAGCAAAACGACAUUAGCACACCUGCAAUCUCAGCACUCGGGAGGUAGGGUCAA